GGAAGGGGAGGGAAAAGAGUUAGAGAGGUAAAGAGAAGGAAAGACAGAGAACUUGUGACUUGACAAAAGAGGGCAGGUACCAGAGGCAGGACCAUGAAGGCCGUCGUUGGACUCUUCUCUGCACUGGCUCUGUUCCUCCUUAUGGGGGCAGUGUUCACCCAGAGACCUCGAUCAAAGAAGCCCACCAGGCGCCCAGGCACCACUAGGAAGCCUUUUGUCCCCCAGCCUCCUGGACCAUCACAACCUGAGCCCAAGGAGCCCACAGACUUCCCCCCAGUCAUCCUGGGCCCACCCUCCAUGUAUCCCGACUGCCCCCGAGAGUGUUCGUGUUCCCCAAGUUAUCCGAAUUCUCUCAACUGUGAGAACCGGAACAUCCGUGUGAUCCCUGUCAUCCCACCCAGAACCCACUACCUGUAUCUGCAGAACAACUAUAUCUCAGAGGUGACUGCAGAGCCAUUCCUAAACGCCACUGAUGUCCGCUGGGUCAACUUGGCAAAUAACCGAAUCCAUCGAAUCAACAAACAGGUGUUUGAGAAGGUCCCAGCACUUCUGUACCUCUAUGUACAGCGUAACGAGCUGAAAGAGGUACCUUCAGGUCUCCCAGCAAGCCUUGAGCAGCUCCGCCUCGGUAGGAACCGUAUUUCGAAGAUCCCUAGCGGUGCCUUCAGCAAGAUGGGGAACCUGACUCUACUUGACCUCUACCACAACCAGCUGAGUGACAGUGAUGUGGGACAAAACACAUUUAAGGACUUGAAGAGUCUCAUGCAGCUAAAUCUGGCUCACAACGCUCUGAAAAAGAUGCCUGCUGGUGUACCUAACGGCCUCAUACAGCUUUUCCUGGACAAGAACAAUAUAGACGACAUCCCAAAAGACUACUUCAAAGAGUUCACUCAUCUAGCAUUUGUGAGGCUGAACCGCAACCAGCUGAGUGAUAAAGGACUUCCUAAGAAUGUGUUCAACGUAUCCACCCUACUGGAUCUGCAGCUGUCCCACAACCAGCUCGCUUCUGUUCCUCGCAUCAGCAGUCACCUGGAGCACCUGCACCUUGACCACAACAGCAUUGAGAGCAUUAAUGGCACCCUGAUCUGCCCAAAUAGUAUUGAUGCAGUCAUGAACGAUCACAAUCUGGUGCCCAGUCUAAGGUAUCUGCGUCUGGACGGGAAUCACCUGAGCCCUCCCAUUCCAGUGGAUGUCAUCAUGUGCUUCAGACAACUUCACUCUAUCGUCAUUUAGGGGGAGACUGUGCCAAGAGGCCUGGGGAUAUGCGCAUACACAAACACCACACACACCCACACACACACACACACACACACACAGUCAGUAUAAACAAACUGUUAGUCUAAGCAAAAUGUGCUCACAGUGGAGAUGUGUGAUUGAAUGAUGAAGUGCACACAAAUGAAAUAACUGUAAAGCUUUGAUAGUUCAAGCUUUUUACAUAUCAUUGUUGCAAAAUGAUUUUAGGAUAUCCUGAGAGAUAACUCACUAUCUUGAAAGGGGGGGAAUACUGUUUUUUUGGGGGGUGGCUUUUUUAUUUGUUUUGGGGGUUUUAUUACAGUUUAUCAGUCAUGUUGGUUUAUCAAAUAACAAUGCAAAAGGGUAAAACAGAUGGAUGUCAGCAGAACCAGUUCAAAACAGACCUACCAUAUAGUUGAAACAGUCCAAUGUGCCUGUGAUUUUCAAGGUACUCCAUGUAAAAAUGUCAUUUAUUUCUUUUGACUCUCAGUCUUCUGUAUAUUAUUCUUCUGUAUAAAGAAGCUUUGUACAAAUAACAGAAAAAUUAAA